AGGAGGAGACAUGCGCAGUAGGAGCCUCGUCAUCAGCAUCAGGACCAAAAAGAUUCCGAGCUCCCUGCGAUGUGAGCGAGAAGAUGGUGCGUGUAAACACGCCGAGGAUGAAGGACCGCGUCUUUUAGUCGGGCUGCGCUCGCCAACUCGCGUUAAGUAAAGCCACGUUUGCGCGCCGAGUGUCCACAGAAGAGCGUCUUCGAGCCGCGAUCGGAGCGCAAACGAACGCGGAGGAGAUGCGACGGUAAUAACAACACUUAAUGGCAUCGGGUUUAGUCUCAUGACGACGCUUUUAACCAUCUGCUGUGCCGUGGGAGACGACUAAAAAAAAAACAACUCCAAAACAAGCAAUUCUUUCAGUGUCAUCGCACAUGACGGGCUUUCUUGUGUAAUGGUCACCGCUUUCUAGUGGGAUGCACAUCAGUGUUUGUCCGUGCUCACUCUCCGUCGUAAUGGCAGCUCUGUACCAGGGCACGGACGCCUCCUCUCCGGACAAAUUUCUGGCCUUGAAAGACGUGAGAGAAGUGAAAGAGGAAACGACUCUGGACGAGAAGCUCUUCUUGCUGGCAUGCGAGAAAGGCGACUACUACAUGGUGAAGAAGCUGCUCGAGGAGAACCGACACGGCGAGCUCAACAUCAACUGCGUGGACGUGCUGGGCCGAGACGCCGUGACCAUCGCCAUCGAGAACGAGAACCUCGACAUCCUGCAGCUUCUCCUGGAGCACGGCUGCCAGGCGACCGAUGCCUUGUUGGUGGCCAUCGACUCGGAGGUGGUGGGAGCUGUGGACAUCCUUCUCAACCACCGGCCGAGACGGUCUUCCAAGCCCUCUAUCGCUAAACUGAUGCAGCGGAUCCAGAACCCGGAGUAUUCCACCACCAUGGACGUGGCUCCAGUCAUCCUGGCGGCUCACCGGAACAACUACGAGAUCCUCACCAUGCUGCUGAAGCAGGACAUCUCUCUCCCUCGGCCUCACGCCGUCGGCUGCGAGUGCACGCUCUGCAACGCUAAAAACAAGAAGGACAGCUUGCGACACUCCAGAUUCCGUCUUGACAUCUACCGCUGCCUGGCCAGCCCCUCUCUCAUCAUGCUGACAGAAGAAGAUCCCAUACUCAGGGCCUUCGAGCUGAGCACCGACCUGAAGGAGCUCAGCCUGGUUGAGGUGGAGUUCAGGAACGACUAUGAGGAACUGGCGAAGCAGUGCAAGAUGUUUGCCAAGGACCUGCUGGCUCAGGCUCGGAACUCCCGGGAGCUUGAAGUUAUUCUCAACCACACGUCCAGCGAGGAUCACAUUAACAAGAGGGGCUUAAUGGAGGAGCGCAUGAACCUCAGCCGGCUUAAACUGGCCAUAAAGUACAACCAAAAAGAGUUUGUAGCUCAGUCCAACUGUCAGCAGUUCCUCAACACCGUCUGGUUCGGAGAGACGGCCAGCUACCGGCGCAAGCACACUUGCCUAAAGAUGGCAACCGUCCUGAGCGUGGCCAUGCUUUGGCCGCUGCUUUCCGUCUGCUACCUUCUGGUGCCGCGCUCCCGAGUGGGCCAGAUAAUCCACACGCCUUUUGUUAAGUUCAUCAUCCACAGCGCCUCCUACUUCACCUUCCUGCUGCUGCUCAACCUGUACUCUCUGGUCUACAACGAGGACAAGAAGAACAUAAUGGGCCCUCCGCUUGGGAUGAUUGAUUACCUGCUCAUCCUCUGGAUCAUAGGAAUGGUGUGGUCGGACGUGAAGCGCCUGUGGUACGAGGGGCUGGAAGACUUUCUGGAAGAGUCGAGGAACCAGCUGAGUUUCGUGAUGAAUUCCCUCUACCUUGCCACCUUUGCCCUCAAGAUUGUGGCUCAUAGCAAGUUCAAAGGACAAGAAGUGGAGAGGAAGAACUGGGAGGCCUUCCAUCCCAUCCUGGUCGCCGAAGGCUUGUUUGCCUUUGCCAACGUUUUGAGUUACCUGCGACUCUUCUUCAUGUACACCACCAGCUCCAUAUUGGGGCCACUACAGAUCUCAAUGGGCCAGAUGCUGCAGGAGUUUGGAAAGUUUCUGGGCCUCUUCCUGCUCGUGUUGUUCUCCUUCACCAUUGGUCUCACCCAGCUGUACGGAAAGGACCGGAAAGACCCUGACAAGAAUCGACCAGCGGACUGUGAGGGCAUCUUCUGCCAGCAGCAGAGCAACGAUGCAUUCCACACGUUUAUGGGGACCUGCUAUGCCCUUUUCUGGUACAUCUUCUCCCUCGCCCACGUCGCGCUCUUCGUCACCCGCAUCAGCUACACGGAGGAGCUGCGCUCUUUUGUGGGCGCCUUGAUCAUAGGCACCUACAACAUCGUGGUGGUGAUCGUGCUGACCAAGCUGCUGGUGGCCAUGCUCCAUAAGAGUUUCAGACAAAUCGCUAAUCACGAGGACAAGGAGUGGAAGUUUGCCCGGGCCAAACUUUGGCUUAGCUACUUUGACGACAAGUGUACUCUGCCUCCACCUUUCAAUAUCCUCCCAUCUCCAAAGACUGUGUGCUACUUUGUGACCAGCAUGAGAAAAUGGAUCUGUUCACAUACGUCUAAGGGGAAAGUGAAGAGACAGAAUAGCCUUAAGGAGUGGAAGAACCUGAAGCAGAAGCGCGAUGAGAACUACCAGAAGAUCAUGUGCUGUCUGGUUCACCGCUACUUGACCUCAACGAGGCAGAAGAUGCAAAGCACAGACCAGGCCACGGUGGAAAAUCUGAACGACCUGCGCCAGGACCUGUCCAAGUUUCGCAAUGAGAUGAGGGACCUGUUGGGCUUCCGGACGUCCAAAUACGCCAUGUUCUACCCGAGGAGCUGAACAGGAAAGAGACUAGUUAUUCUUUCCCUUUCCCUCUUCUCCUCUUAACAAAAUCUCUGCUUCUUGUUUAUCUGGGAUGCUUUGUUACCCGAGCAUGUGCAAAAAAAAAAAAAAAAAAAAAAAAAAAAAAAAAAGAGGAAAAACUUUUAGACAAAUUUUAGACAAGGAAUUUAACUAGAAAAUGAUAUAUUCUCCACCAAAGCCUCCUGACUCAGGCCCCCUCAUCUAUUACUCAGCUAUUUAACCUCUUUUAUAAAUAAAGAAAAAGCCAUUGUUUUCACCGGAGAGAAAUAAAGAUUUAUGGAGAUUUGCUGGAGA